UAGGUUUAAUCUUCCUGAGAAGCAAAUUAUCGAACACUUGUUGAGCAUUAUUUUAGAAAACACAACUAGCCGAAGUUGGUUUAUCCAAAUUUCAGCUUCCAAAAGAUCACCAUGGCGAUUCAAAUACAUCGAAAAAGAACCCAAUUGGUCGAAGCAAGUGAAUAUCGAUCCCUUAGGAUCUCAAAUUCCCAAUUUGAUUUUUAGGGUAUCUAAUUGCAAGGCUGUAGGCUAUUUGACUGUCUCGUAGCAAAAAAAGCUGAGAUGAAAGGGAGCGAAAGAUGGAAACUUUACUCUGUUAAUAAGGUUACGUAUCAAUAAUGAGUUUCUCUUUCUAUUGGUUUAGAGCUUCAUCAAGGCAGUAUGUAUCUUUGCAGCAAGUAGAAAAGUUUUAGUUUUUCCUGAAGAGCAUGGACAGGAGGAGAAAUCGCAAAGGCAGCCAUCGAUCAACAAGAGGAGGCAUUCUACUUGAUGAUGCUAGUGGUGAUUUGGAUUUGGGCAAUUUCCAUGGUCGUCACUCCAAGACUCUUCAGGAUUACUCUAGGGACUUGUCUGAGAAAAGGGCAUCACUGAGAGAGGAAGCGCUUUCAUCAAUUCUCAAGGCUUUAACUGUCAACAUAGAGCAAAAAUUUGUUGACCGGAACUUUGUAACACUAGUAUAUCAAUGCCUGCAUUGCAUUAACAAGGGUUCUCCCAAGGAGAUGAAGCAAGCAGCACAUAUUAUCGGAUUGCUGUCAAUGAUUACUACUUCUGUUGAUAAGGUGCACGAAGCAUAUGAAGAUGUGCUGACUGCACUUUCCCGAGAACUUAAAGCUAAGCUUAAGACCUUGGAGAUUCUUGGCUGCUUGGCUGUUGUUACCUUUUUUGGCGCAAGCAAUUCAGAUGAGACUGAACAAGCAAUGAAGUUGCUCUGGGACUUCAUUAAUCCUGAACCUGUCCAUAGUAUUGAAAGGAAAGAUUCUCCAGCUAUUCUUUCUGCUGCAAUAUCUGCUUGGACCUUUCUUCUUUCUACUAUUGAUGGAUGGAGACUGAGUCACAAAACUUGGAAAGGGGCAAUUUCAUACUUCUCAGACCUACUAGACAACAAUGAUAAAUUAGUCUGUACAGCAGCUUGUGAUACAUCUAGCAGAAUACAUUCAAACAAGGAACUGCAGGACAAUAUUAUAAAGCAGCUCAGAAGCAGGAUUGAAACAAGCAAUGAAAGUAUUCCUAGUCAAGAUCCAAAUACAGGGUUCAAUUCUGCCUCAGAUGCUUUAAAUUUUCUCGAGGAUGUGAAAUGUAUAAAUACCCAUGUGACAAUAGGUGGGCAGAAACUCACUUUAUCAACAUGGUCUCAGAUGAUACAGCUAAAGUUUAUGAAGCAUUUUCUAGGGAAAGAUGGAUUUACCAAGCAUAUGAUGGAAAAUGAGAACUUCCAUAACGUCUUUGAUUUUAUCCCGAAAAGAAGGAACCGUUCAGGCAAAACGCUAUACGUACCAGAAAGAGAAGAGGUUUCUAUUCGCUUUUUCCAACCUCCGGUUCCUAGGCACCAGGAUUGCUCACUGCUACCAUUCGUAAGCAGAGAAGAAAAGCAGCUAGAAAAGAAAAUGACUAUGUCUCCCAAUUCUUGUUUGAGCAAGGCAAGGACGCAAUUACUGAGAAAGCAGCGACAGUUAUUGUCGAAGGAGAGAGAGAUUGAUUGCUUUGAUUAUGCUGAUGAAUUCAGGUAGUGUUGAUGUAGUUCAUAGAUGGCAACCUUUUUUAAAUGAAAAUUUUGGCAU